AUGUGCAACUCCUCUUGUGGCUCCUGCUGCUCUGGCCAGGGCUGUGGCUGCUGCCAGCCCAGGUGCUGCCAGACCACCUGCUGCAGGACCACCUGUUGCAGCCCCUGCUGUGGUGGCUCCAGUGGCUGUGGAGGUUCCAGUGGCUGUGGCUCCUGCUGCUGUCGCCCCACCUGCUGCCAGACCACCUGCUGCAGGACCACCUGCUGCCGCCCCAGCUGUUGCAGCUCCAGCUGCUGCCACCCCACCUGUCUCCAGACCACCUGCUGCAGGACCACCUGCUGCGGGACCACCUGCUGCCGCCCCAGCUGCUGUGGCUCAAGUUGCUGUAGCCCCUGCUGUGGUGGCUCCAGCUGCUGUGGCUCCAGUGGCUGUGGCUCUUGCUGCUGUCGCCCCACUUGCUGCCAGACCACCUGCUGCCGCCCCAGCUGCUAUGGCUAUGGCUGUUGCCAGCCCAGGUGCUGCCAGACCACCUGCUGCAGGACCACCUGCUGCCGCCCCAGCUGCUGCAGACCCUGCUGUGUGUCCAGCUGCUGCCGCCCCUCUUGCUCUGGUGGGUCCAGCUGCUGUGGCUCCAGCUGCUGCAGGCCCUSCUGCUGCAUCUCCAGCUGCUGCCGCCCCUCCUGUGACUCCUGCUGCUGCCAGACCUGCUGCCGCCUGCGUCCAGUCUGUGGCAAUGUCUCCUGCCACACCACCUGCUAUCGCCCCACCUGUGUCAUCUCCACCUGCCCCCGCCCCAUGUGCUGUGCCAUCCCUGACUGCUGA